AUUUGCAUUAAAAAGGGCCUGCAGAUUGGCUCCCCAGAGUCAAGGCAAUUUUCGAUGGCUGUAUUGUCUGUGCCAUUGUUAUGAUCGUCGUCGCCGUCGUUGUCGUCGUCGUUGCGGUUUUAGACGGGUUUUGGUUUGGGACUUCUCUUCAAUACUAAGUCAAGUCGGUCAAGGAAUGCUUGCCUUCGGGGGCCAACGGCAACAGUAGUACGUUCCGAUAGGCGUUUCAUGACCUUCUCCUCGGGCAGUCGCUCGGUUUGUCCUUCGUUGUUUGCCCAAAACCCGCCGUCAUGGUUUUAGAGGAUCCCGGACAGCCUGGUGGAAAGAAUGGGAUCCCGGCUGUGGCACUGGCAGUUACACAGUCCAAGACCGCCAGACCCACGGUGGUCCGCAAGAAGUUCGCCAAACCUCCCGUCAAAGUAGCUUGUUUAGCAUGUCGUGCUUCAAGAACACGUUGUGAUGGUCAAGACCCGUGUACCAAUUGUUCCAGUAGGAAUAAGAGUUGCUCUUAUUUGCCUAGUAAGCGGGGUGGCCCAAGGAAGAAGAAGAACAAGCCAUCUACAGCUGCAGAACCUCCACAAGAUGGUGUCGAGGAUCCUACGAUUUUGCCGGCGUCCUCGGGAUUUGACGAAUCAUCCGGGAUGUUUGGCCAAAUUGACGUCCUAUCAAUUCCGGGGGCAGGGUUGAGAAGCCUAGACUUCCCCUCGGAUGUCCACGCCAUGUUUGCGGAUCUUUUUGUUCCAGGCACAGAGAAUACCCACGGCCUGGAGCCGACGCCUUCCCCAUCAAAUAUACCGUCUCGGGCCUUGGUUAGGACUUACGGCAGUGAAGAUGCUAUUCUUGACGCAUACUAUGUCUUCAUCCAUAAUUAUUUCCCUAUACUUCCACCAAGGGUUGACCCUCCGGCUCCUGACCGACCCCUGGACUGUGCGGGUUCAUUCACAGAUUCACCGUCAGAACAACCACUUCUUAUCUAUAAGCCAAGGUCGCCUUUGAGUUUGGCGAUCUCAGCGAUCUUGGCCCUCGUACCACACCCAAACGACCCAGAACCAUCGGGGCCUGCGUCCGUCAUCCGCCGUCGCACAUUUGCACACACAUUUGCCCAGCUGGCAAAUGCAGCUAUCGAAACUGAUUGCGAGCUUCACGCUUCGUCUACCUACCCUUCAGAUGCAUUGACGAACGAACGGCCUCUGAUUGAUCGAGAGCCUUUUCAUCCCCAGACUCCAGUGGAACUCGAAAGUCUGCUCGCACUUCUCGUACUUUCAAUUUACGAAUACAAUCAACGAGGCAACCUUCUGAAGAUGCGUUACCGUGCCGGUCAGGCUUUGGCCAUAGCGUUGGAUAUGUCUCUGCAUUCUCUCGGGGAAGAAUUCGAUGAGUUUGCGGAAGCUCGCAGGAGAGCUUGGUGGAUGACUUAUUACUGUGUUUUGCAGGGCUCUAUUGUCAGCACUACGCCUCUAGCUAUUAUCGCGAACGAUCCCCAAUUUGUCACUCCUUACCCACGGUUUUCGGCCGAUCCUGAUGGCUGGUCUGUAUUAAUACAAGCCCAGCAAGUUCUUGUCUCAGCAACACAAUAUAUCAUCGAUCUGAAUAAGUGCCUGUCCACGAGGACGAACAUGCAAUACAUUUAUGAACGGAUGCAGCAACUUGACGCAUGGGCGAGCUCUGUUCUGGCACAAUCAAAUCUGCUUCCGAUCUUGCCCCAGUCUAUGGCCUGUGGCGGGGAGAUAGAAUUGACAACAGCUCAAAGUAUCCGUGCAAUAUCACGGAUAAAGUUGUCUAGCGCUCAAAUCAAAGUGCAUCGGUUUAGGGCAUUCUCAGACCUGCCAAUCUUCCUUAAAAAACACUGCGAUCUGACCUCGAGAAAUCCGAACAACGAAAUGCCAAGCAAUACUUCCAAGAACUCCAAAUCGCAAAGUGGAAUUGCUAAUAUCGGAUGUUCAUGCAGCCUGGAGCCGUUCCAACAGGCACCCAGUGACUACUCAUCGUCGUCUUCCCAGGCGUCAGAUAUUCAGCAGUAUCCUUUCAUGCAAGGGUUUCCAUACAGCAUUCAACAUUCAGCGAAAACGUGUCUGAGAGCCUCCCUUCUAAUUUCACGCAUGUUCUACAGUCUACCCCUGCCGCAACCGCUUCUCGAUGAGUGCCAGACUCAGCAGGGGCUACACAUGCUACCGAAUCAGUUACCACGAACCAUGCCGUCGUUUGCGUGCUGCCUAAUGCAGGGCAGCUAUGCUAUGUUGAUGAUCUAUCUUAAAGCGCGCCGGGAGAAACUGACUCCAAAGAGUGGAAACGACGAUACCCCCAACCCCUCGGACAGACUCAUCGAAGAAAUCCGCAAGGGGCUAGAACGUAUAAUUGCUACUGUUACAAAUUACGCGAUUGCAUUUGAGGCGUUGGAUGGGAUGAGGGAUGAGAUUGAGUGUGCAUAUCAAACGGCGUUUUCUCAGGCGUAGGCCUGAUUUUGUCAUUAGGUGGACUCAAAGGUUCUAUUCUAUUUCCACAAACAAGAGUCUUUCCAGAAUGGGACUAGUCGCAUACUACUACUUUCUAGUAUCCGCAACAUAUGGCGCGGGGGGGAGCCAUUGGCUAUGAACUCCCGAUUUCCCAAUCUACUCUCAGUUCUAUCAUUUAACCCACAUGGAUACCAUAAUUACCCAAUACUCCUAGACUCUAACUCAUGAUGAUGAUAUGAUGAUUAUGACG